AUGGCGAAAUUUGGAAGACUUGGUCCAGGGCGCAUGGCAUUCAAAGUCACGCUCGUUUUUUGUACUUUCUCAAUUCUUACCUUGCUGAGCAUUCUUCAGUUCGCUCCUUCACGAUUAAUCUUAUCUGAAUAUCCCGUGCGUCUCUCACCACUCCAGAUAGCUCGGACAGAUGCCAUCGUGGCCGCAUUUCAACAUGCGUGGGACGGAUAUUCUAAACACUGCUUCGGGCAUGAUACUCUGCACCCCGUGACCAAUACCUGCGAGGACGACUUCGGUGGCUGGGGUGCUACAGCUAUCGACUCCCUACCAACCGCAAUCAUAUUUGAAAAAGAAAAUGUCGUCAUCCAGAUUUUGGAAUUCAUCGCUGCUCUGGAUCUUAAUAAGGUGAAAGGAGGUCGUCGGAUCCAAGUGUUUGAAGUCACUAUUCGACAUUUUGCUGCCAUGAUCUCUGCUUGGGACUUACUGAAUGGUCCAUUCUCUUACAUGGCCACAGGUCCGAGUCUUCGCAGUGCAUUAUACGCUCAAAUGGUCCGACUAGGGGAUAUUUUGAGCUGUGCAUUCGAUCCACGAAGUGGCGUACCCCGUGAUUGGGUAGACCCUGCGCUAUGUGAGACGGACCAAGGUGUUCAAAACACUUUAGCAGGCGUCGGCACCAUGAUUCUUGAGUUUGCAAGAUUGUCUGACAUUACUGGAAACCAGACUUACGCCAAACUGGCUCGGAGAGCAGAAGAAUAUUUGCUACGACCACAGCCAGCGUCUGGUGAACCGUACCCUGGGCUCCUGGGUUCUUUCAUCAGCGUGGAGUCUGGACAAAUUUUGGGUUCACAAGGUAGCUGGGGUGCUCUUGCAGAUUCAUUCUACGAGUAUCUACUCAAGGCAUACCUCUACAACAGUGACCUCUACUGUUUCUAUGUGGAGCGAUGGUUAGUCGCAGCAGACUCGACGAUUCGCUUCAUUGGAUCACAUCCUUAUGGGCAUCCGGAAUGGACCUUUUUACCAUCGUGGGAUGGAUUAAACCUGCAGAAUUCGAUGGAGUCAUUAUCCUGGUUCGCUGGUGGUAGCUUCAUCCUUGGAGGAAUGGUCACCGACAAUCAGACACUCGUUGACUAUGGUCUUUCGAUCGCGGAUGCGACAGGUGCUAUAUACGAGUCAACAAAGACCGGUCUGGGAGGUGAGUUCGUGACCUGGACCACUGCUUGUGAAACGAGCGAUGAGAAUCCUUGCGACCCUAAGAAAUCCAUUCAUAUCUCUGAUGGGAGGUUCCGACUACGGUCUGAGGUCCUGGAGACUUGGUAUCACGCCUACCGGGCUACGAAGGAUCCGAAGUAUAGAGAUUGGUCUUGGGCUGCAUUCGAGGCUAUCAAUCUCUACUGCAGAACAGAGACCGGCUUCAGCUCACUCGAGAACGUACACGCUGAAGAUGGUGGCGGCAAGAGCAACGUACAGGAGAGCUUUGUCUUUGCAGAGGUGAUGAAGUACAUCUAUCUCAUACACCUGGAGACGGCUCAGUUCCACGUGCAAGACAGCCGCGCUGGAACUAAGAAUACGUGGGUUUUCAACACAGAAGCGCAUCCAUUACGUAUUGCGGGUCCACCACAAUAG